AUGUUCGAUGACUCGGACGGUGCGUCAUCUGAAGAUGAUAACUUCAGCACAUACGGUGAGUCUCCUAUCGAAGAAGACGAAGAUUCACCAACGCUACCUUCCAAGAAGAGAUAUCAGAACUUCUUGAUGAGCGAAUCUAAAGGGAAUCUGGAGGUUUUGAAGUUGGAGAUGUCGUCGUUAGACCUUGCGGUAGGACAACGAUACUUGACUAAAAAGCAUUUGAAGAGACGACUGAAACUUUUUACAGUGAGGCAUCAAUUUGAUUUUGAUGUAGAAAUAUCAAACCUGACAACAUACGUUGUUAAGUGUUGGGUUGAUGGAUGUACAUGGAGAGUUCGUGCAUCUACCGAAGGAUUGUCCCCGCAGUUUUAUAUUCGUAUUUACGACUCGGAUCAUGCAUGUUCUGUAACUGAGCGUUCUAAUCGAUCUCGAAAUGCAACACCGGAUAUUUUAGGAGAGUUGUACAAGAACUUUCUCGGCGACGUUGGUCCGGCCGUUCGCCCUGAGAGUGUCGGAAUAGCUAUCACUAAGCAGUUUGGUGUAAAGAUGGAAUAUUGGAAAUCACACCGGACGCUUAAAUGUGCAAGGGAAAUCGAUGAGGGCACACCUGAGUGUGGUUUUGAACUCUUGCCUUCUUACUUAUACAUGAUAAGAAGGGCAAAUCCGAAUACAGUUACGCGUCUUCAAAUCGAUGAGCUUGGAAGAUUCAUGUAUGUGUUUCUUGCGUUUGGUGCGAGCGUUAAUGGGUUUCCUUUCAUGCGCAAAGUUGUUGUCGUCGACGGUACGUUUCUUAAUGGUAAAUAUAAAGGGACGCUACUCACAGCACUAGCUCAGGAUGGUAACUUUCAGAUUUUUCCAAUAGCCUUCGCAGUGGUUGACACUGAAAAUGAUGAUUCGUGGAAUUGGUUUUUUACGCAACUAAAAGUGUUGAUUCCUGACCAGGAGGGUCUUGCGAUAAUAUCAGAUAGGCAUAACUCGAUAGGGAAAGCAAUUACAAAUGUGUAUCCGUUAGCUGCUCGUGGAAUAUGCACCUAUCAUUUGUAUAAAAACAUAUUGGGACGGUACAAAGGAAAAGAUGUAUUUCGGCUGGUGAAGAAAGCGGCGAGAUGUUUUAGAAUGUCUGACUUUGAUAUGAUUUUCGAGGAGAUUGAAGCACUUAAUCCUGAUCUCCACGGCUACCUCGAAAGAGCUGAUGUCAGACUGUGGACACGUGUUUAUUUCCCGGCGAGAGGUACAAUUUGA